GGGUGGGUCAGGGGUCCCAUGGGUGGGUCAGGGGGGUUCCUGUGGGUCUGGGGUCCCACGGGACGCCCCCUCCCCAGCCAUGGAGGAGCUCCGGGCGUGGCGGGGCCGCAUCGCGGCCGAACUGGACGCGGCUGUGGCGUUCUGGGAGCGGCACUCGCACGACCCCGAGCACGGGGGUUUCUUCUCCUGCCUGAGCCGCGACGGUUCCGUCUACGACGACACCAAAUUCGUGUGGCUGCAGGGGCGGCAGAUCUGGGUCUAUUCCCGCCUGUACCGCACCGUGCCCCGCUUCCGCCGGCCCGAGCUGCUCCAGGCGGCGCGGAAAGCCGGGGAGUUCCUGGAGAGGCACGUGCGGCCGGAGCCCGGCUCGAGCCGCGCCGCCUUCGCGCUGAGGCGGGACGGGCGCCCGGAGCGGCUCCAGCGCAGCUUCUACAGCGAAGCGUUCUGCGCGCUGGGGCUGGACGAGCUGGGCCGGGCGGCGGGGGAGGAGCGCUACCGGGCCUGGGCCCGGCGCUGGGCCGGGGCCGUGUGGGGCUGGGCCCGGGGGGCCCCCAUGGAAUUGGGGCGCCCCCGGUUCUCGGGGACCCCCCCCCCAGCAGGCGCUGGCCCAGGCCCUGAUGGUGCUGAAGGUGGGGCUGCAGCUCUGGGGGGACCCCCGGAGGGACCCCCAAAGUCAGCCCGACCCCGAGGCCGAGGCCAUGGCGGAGUGGGGGGCGCGGCACGUCCUGAUGCACCUGCAGGCCACGCCCUGGAGGCCGCCUGGCUGCUGCUGGAGUUUUCGGGGCGCCGGGGGGACGCGGAUUUGGGGGCCCGGGCGGUGGCAGCGCUGGUGGAGGGACCCCUGAAAUGGGGCUGGGACCCCCAGCACGGGGGGCUCUUCUAUUUCCUGGAUGCUGACGGGCACUGCCCCACCCAGCUGGAGUGGUCCCUGAAGCUCUGGUGGCCCCACGCCGAGGCCAUGGUUGCCCUCCUGGCCGCCCAGCGCUUCCAGCCCCGGCCCAGUUUGGUCUCCCAGUUCCUGCAGCUGGCCCAGUACACCUUUGACAAGUUCCGUGACCCCGAGCACGGGGAGUGGUUUGGGUACCUGAACCGCGACGGCUCCGUGGCUCUCUCCAUCAAGGGGGGGCCCUACAAAGGCUGUUUCCACGUGGCACGGGCGCUGCUGAUGUGCGAGGAGAUGCUGGGUGACAUCUUAGAAGGGGAGAAGCCUCCGCAAUAAAUUCGGAAUUUGGGAAGCCUCUAAAUAAAUUUGGGGACCCCGCAA